CACCUUGGGUGCUGUGGAGAGGCACACGUUUGAUUUUAGCUAGACAUUUGGCAUUCAAAUGAACGAUAAAUGUCAGUGUAGGACUGUAGCGCGUGUGACUGUUGGUCAACCAGAGGAGAAACAUGAAGCAAGAUGUCAGGAUACUCCUGCUGGGGGAGCCCAAGGUGGGGAAGACAUCCCUCAUCAUGUCUUUGGUUGGAGAAGAAUUCCCAGAGGAGGUUCCCUCCAGAGCUGAAGAGAUCACCAUCCCUGCUGACGUGACUCCAGAGAAGGUGCCCACACAUAUAGUGGACUACUCAGAAAAAGAGCAGAGUGAUGAAAUCCUUAGAAAUGAGAUCGUCAAGGCUAAUGUGGUGUGUGUAGUGUAUGAUGUCACCAAUGAGGAAACAAUAGACAAGAUCAAAACUAAAUGGAUACCUUUAGUUAACGGUGACGCAGAGAAAGGGAACAAAGUUCCCAUCAUCCUCGUGGGAAACAAGUCUGAUCUUCGCUGUGGAAGCUCGAUGGAAACCAUUCUUCCCAUCAUGAACCAGUUCUCUGAGAUUGAGACGUGUGUUGAGUGUUCUGCAAAGAACUUGAAAAACAUUUCCGAGCUGUUCUACUAUGCACAGAAGGCCGUUCUUCACCCCACUGCUCCUCUUUAUGACCCCGAGGACAAACAGCUGAAACAACUGUGUGUCCGAGCCCUAAGCAGGAUAUUUUACAUUUCCGACCAGGACAAUGACCGCAUCCUCAGUGACGCUGAACUCAACUGCUUUCAGAAAUCUUGUUUCGGGAAUCCUCUGGCACCUCAAGCCUUAGAAGAUGUGAAGACAGUAGUUUGGAAGAACACCAAUGACGGCGUGCAGGACAAUGGCCUCACCCUAAAUGGCUUCUUGUUUCUGAAUACGUUAUUCAUCCAGAGGGGCCGACAUGAAACCACGUGGACCAUCCUCAGGAUGUUUGGUUACGACGACAACCUUGAGCUGACUGAUGAUUACCUUUACCCCGAACUACGAGUUCCAGUCGGCUGCACCACAGAGUUCAGUCGUUUAGGUCACCAGUUCCUCCAGCGGCUGUUCGACAAGUACGAUGAAGACAAAGACUCUGCCCUGUCACCGGCAGAGCUUAGGAACCUGUUUUGCGUGUGUCCUUACAUGCCGUGGGGUGCAGAGGUCUACAUGACUGUCCCCACCACAGACGAGGGCUACAUCUCUCACCACGGCUACCUUUGUCAGUGGACGCUCUCUGCGUACUUUGACAUCCACCGUUGCCUGGAGCACCUAGGAUACCUCGGCUACCCGAUCCUCACUGAGCAGGAGUCCCAGACCACCGCAAUCACAGUAACGCAGGAGAAAGAGGCGGACCUGGAGAGACGCCAGACACAGCGGUCAGUGUUUCUCUGCAAGGUGAUCGGACCGCGGGGGACUGGCAAGACCGCCUUCCUCCAGGCCUUUGUGGGCCGCAACGUUGUGAAUAAAAGAAAUUCCAGCAGUGCCUUUUCCCCCUACGCCAUAAACACUGUCCAAGUUAGCAACCAGGAGAAGUACCUUAUACUCAAUGAGGUGGAUGUGGAGGUCGAGUUCCUGAAGGCGUCAGACGCCAACUGUGAUGUUGCGUGUCUCAUGUAUGACACCAGUGACCCACAUUCCUUUGACUAUUGUGCCAGUAUAUACAAGCAACACUACAUGGAGAGCAACAUCCCGUGUGUGCUGGUCGCCUCCAAGGUGGACCUUCCUGAGGUCAAGCAGUUCCACGGGACGACUCCAGCAGAGUUCUGUUAUAAACACCAACUGCCUCCACCUCUGCCCUUCUCCAGCCUGUUCCUCGACUCCACCAGCAAGAGCAUCUACAAAAGGCUCGCGUGGGCAGCAGUAUACCCACACCUGAAUGGUUCCAACAUGAGCAACACGUCAUUCUGGCUGAGAGUGGCGUUGGGCUCGGCUGUGGUUGCCGUUCUAGGCUUUGCCGUCUUCAGAGCCGUCGCCAGACUUAAAUGAUCAACAAUCGGCUGCAGCCUGACGCUCCAUCAAUCCAUCCACGAAGGCAAAAACAUCAGAGACCAGAUUCAAAGCCCGCCGCAUCGUUUUACUCUUCAUAUCUCUGCUCCUCUUCACUUUGUCCUUCCCUCCGAGUCCGUUGAUUGCGACACUUCAAAGGAAACUGGAAGCAAAGUGUUCAAAUUCUUCCCCCGCGCUGCUGUGCUCAGCUUUUUCUGCCUUACAUUGUCCAGGAGUCAGCCUGCCACCGCUCGGUGCAUUGACACACGACGAACUGUUAAGAUCCAAACGGGUGCUUUAUCAAAGGGUAGGAAAUGCACCAAGAUAUUCCCGUCUAACGUGUAUUCAAUUAUGUGUUGGGUGUAAAUGGUGAGUUUUGGGAGUUUUUAUAAACAUACUGUGUUUCUUAAGCGUAAAAUAUAAAAAUGCCAAAUUGACUUGACUGAAGAACCAAAGCUCAGCAUAAAGAGCAAACAUCCUGACUAGCUGCUGCUGAAUAUCUCCUAUGAACUGCACUCUUCCUUCUGACCAUGCCACGCAAUGGUCACGCAAUGACCACGCAAGUCAGAUAUUCUUAUCUGACUUGCCAAAUAACUCCAGCGGCAAUGAGUAGUCAAAAGCAUGUUAUUUUCCCCUUUAGGCACAUUGUUAUGUCUACAAAUGAAAUAUUUGAAUGUUUUUAGCAGUAAGGCCUGCCUCCGCUCCUCUGCUGUGGCAGGGAGCGAUGUGCAUGAAGAGGAAUGGUGGUUUGUUGAUGCAUCUGCAAAAAGUCAGAACAUAUUUUAUGCGGCAAAAGGAGGCCAAGCAAACCUUAAUUAUCUGGUCAAAUGAAUCUGCUUCUUUCUGUUCACAUUGAAAUGGAAUUCAUUGAUUUUGAUUGAGACUGAAAUAAGUUAAUGAUCUGUGAUUUUUUUUUUUUUUUUCUUUUUUUUUUUUUUUUUAUUCUUUCUAUUAAUAUACUCUUGCAUAAUCUGCCAUUGCAUUGUUUUUCCAACAUGAGUCUGUCAUCUUGUGUGUGUUUUGUUGCUUGAUUUAGCCGGGGACCUGGUGUUUCUGCAGAAUACACUUCUGUGACUUUUAAAACAUUGCUGUCUUUCUUACAGACUGAUUUAGAUGCUUAAUAAAAGACCAGACGAGA